AUGAAAGUUAGAGAUGAAGAUAAUAAUAAUGAUAAUAAUGAUGAUAAUAAAGUUGAUGAUGAAGAAGAUGUUGAAAAUGAUGUUGAAGAUGAUGAUAAAGAUGAUAAUGAUAAUGAAGAUAAUGAAGAUGAUUUAAUAAUAAUAUUAUUAUUAAUAAAAAAUCAUAAAAAUCUUUUGGUAAAUGAUUAG